AUGACUGAAGUAUCAUCAGACUCAAAACAGUCAACAUCUUCUGCCACAGCUACGUCACCAUUGCUAAAACCAGCAGAGAUAACAGUUACUCCUCCAAGUCAGCAACAACAACAGCAACAACAACAACCAUUGGACCAGGAGUCUGCUACAUCAACAGGAUCUACAAUUACGACUAAUAUAGCCAAUACCACGUCAUCGAUUUCAUCAAGUAUAGCCCAAAACAACAGCAACAACAACUACAAUCAUCUCAAUACGUCACCUAAAGGCUCAUCAACAAGUACAGCAUCCGGAUACGCGUCCAAUCAGAGACCAGCUACUUCAAGGAGAGGAAGUGCUAUACCUCCUAAUGGAUCCACCGCAGUACCAAAUGGCAGUACAUCGCCAUCCCGCGUUAGGAGUAACAGUUACAACAAUCCUGAAUUAACACCCACCCCAUCUCAUCAUCAGCCAGCACAAACAGUCACUAGACAGCGUAGAUCAUCGUCAUUGAUCCAACACUUGGAACCCGAUACGUUGGAUACCAAGAUUGAUCAAGCUUUGAACCCAAAUCUUAAUGCCAAUUGGGUCGAUCAAAAGGGUGCAUGGAUUAUCCAUAUCGUCAUUAUUGUAUUGCUCAAGGUUUUCUACAACUUCAUCAGUGUUUUGGAUAAUGAUUGGAAAUGGACCUUGACUAACUUGACCUAUACUAUUGGAUCAUAUAUCAUGUUUCACCAGGUUAAAGGAACACCAUUUGAAUUUAAUUCAGGUGCGUAUGAUAAUUUAACCAUGUGGGAACAAAUUGAUAAUGGUGAUCAGUAUACUCCUACGAAGAAGUUUUUAAUGUUGGUUCCUAUUUGUUUGUUUUUGAUCAGUACUCAUUAUUCUCAUUAUAAUUUGAAUUUAUUCAUUUUGAAUGGCGUUAGUUGUCUUUGUGUGGUUGUGCCUAAAUUGGCGUUUGCUCAUAGGUUAAGAGUAACCUUGUACUGA